GGCCGAGAGCAGGUUCUUGGAUGCUGAAGGCUCGGCUCCUCCUGUGAGAGUGCCGCGGCGGCGAUGGGUGUCCUCCAAGCGUGGCUCUCGGUGGCCCUAGUGCUGGCGGAGUUUGCGGUAUUGCCUCAUUGCGAAGGCGCUUGUCUCUAUCAGGGCUCCUUGCUGGCGGAUGCCACAAUUUGGAAGCCUGAUUCAUGCCAGAACUGUCGUUGCCAUGGUGAUAUUGUGAUCUGCAAACCUGUUGUUUGCAAAAACCCUCGGUGUGCCUUUGAAGAGGGAGAAGUGCUGCAGAUUGCCCCCAAUCAGUGCUGCCCGCAGUGUGCACAGAGGACUCCUGGCUCCUGCCUCCAUGAGGGAAAAAGUCACGAGCACGGCACAGAGUGGGCCCCGGCUCCGUGCACUGUGUGCUCUUGCACCCAUGGUGAGGUGAGAUGCUCCCACCAACAAUGCACCCCAUUAUCAUGUGGACCACAGGAGCUGGGAUUCCUUGCUGAAGGAAGCUGCUGCCCCAUCUGUGUGGGCACUGGAAAACCCUGUUCCUAUGAUGGCCGUGUGUUUCAGGACGGACAGGACUGGCAACUGAGCCGCUGUGCCAAGUGUGUGUGCAGAAAUGGGCUCAGCCAGUGCUUUGCAGCCCAGUGUCAACCUCUGUUUUGUAACCAGGAUGAACUUGUCGUUCGAGUCCCUGGAAAAUGCUGCCCUCAGUGCUCGGCGCGCUCCUGUUCUGCUGCUGGCCAAGUGUAUGAGCAUGGUGAACAGUGGAAAGAAGAUGCCUGUACCCUGUGUGUGUGUGACCAGGGAGAGGUCAGGUGUCACAAACAGGCCUGCCCGCCACUGAGAUGCGAAAAGGGUCAGAGCAGAGCUCGGCAUCACGGUCAGUGCUGUGAGGAAUGUGUGUUCCCUGCCAGAAGCUGCCCAUCCAGUGGGGUCCUGCGAUACCAGGAUGAAAUGUGGAAGGCCUCGGCCUGCGAGUUCUGCACAUGUGACCAGGGCCAAGUGACCUGCCAGACGGCGGAGUGUGCCAAGGUGGUCUGUGCCCUGGGUGAAGAAUUAGUUCACUUAGAGGGAAAAUGCUGCCCAGAAUGCGUUUCAAGGAGUGGUUAUUGUGUUUAUGAACAGAAGGCAGAAAUUCUGUCUUCAAAGGCGAGUGAAAUUAAGCAUAUUCCAGAGGGAGAGAAGUGGGAAGAAGGCCCUUGCAAGGUGUGUGAGUGCCGAGGGGCUCAAGUCACUUGCUAUGAGCCAUCUUGCCCCCCAUGUCCAGUGGCCACCCUAGCCCUGGUGGUGAAGGGACAAUGCUGUCCAGAUUGCACACAAGUUCACUGCCACCCAGACUGCUUGACCUGCUCUCACACUCCAGACCACUGUGACCUCUGCCAGGACCCCACAAGGCUGCUGCAGAACGGACGAUGUGUACACAGCUGUGGGCUAGGCUUUUACCACGCAGGCAGUCUCUGUUUAGCCUGCCAGCCCCAGUGUUCCGCGUGCACCAGUGGACUGGAGUGUUUAUCUUGUCUGCCUCCCCUGCUGAUGCAGCAGGGACAGUGCGUGUCCACCUGUGGGGAUGGUUUCUACCAAGAUCACCACUCCUGUGCAGUCUGCCACGAGUCCUGUGCAGCUUGCUGGGGUCCCACAGAGAAGCACUGUGUAGCCUGCAGAGACCCACUGCAAGUGCUGAGAGAUGGCAGCUGUGAGAGCACCUGCGGCAACGGCUUCUACAACAAGCAGGGGACCUGCGUGGCUUGUGACCAAUCCUGUAAGAGCUGUGGCCCCAGUAGUCCCCGAUGUCUCACCUGUACUGAGAAGACCGUGUUGCAUGAUGGGAAGUGCAUUUCUGAAUGCCCUGAUGGCUACUAUGCUGACACCACUGGAAGAUGCAAAGUUUGUCACGUCUCAUGUGCCAGAUGCUCUGGACCUGCAGCCUCUCACUGUAUAGCCUGCAUCCAUCCCCAGGCUCUUCGCCAAGGCCACUGCCUGCCGAGCUGUGGAGAGGGCUUCUAUGCUGGCCGUGGGAUCUGUGAAGCCUGCCACGCCUCCUGCCACACUUGUGUGGGUCCCAAGCCCUCUCACUGUACUGCGUGUAAGAAGCCAGAGGCAGGACUACAGGUGGAGCAGCACUCAGGGGCAAAUGGCUCCUAUGGCAAGUGUGUGUCCCAGUGUGGACCCCACUUCUUCUUGGAGAGCACUGGACUGUGUGAAGCCUGCCACCCAUCCUGCUUCACGUGCGCAGGGAAGAGCCCUCACAACUGCACGGGCUGUGGGCCUGCCCUCGUGCUGCUGACGGGGCGCUGCCUCUCUCAGUGUCCAGACACGCACUUUAAUCUGGAAGGUACUUGUACAGAGUGCCACCCAUCCUGCAGGCAGUGCCAUGGACCUCUGGAAUCGGACUGUGUCUCCUGUCACCCUCACCUUACUGUCAUCAGUGGGCACUGUAAAGCCAGCUGCAAGGAAGAACAGUACCUGAACCUUGUUGGAUACUGUGCUGACUGCCAUCCUCUGUGCCAGCACUGUGUGGCCAAUCUUCAUGACACUGGUAGUGUCUGCCUGAAGUGCCAGCAUGCCCGCCACCUGCUGCUUGGGGAUCACUGUGUUCCAGAUUGCCCUCCUGGAUACUACACAGAAAAGGGCAUGUGUAAAAGAUGCCAUUCCUCCUGUAGAAGCUGCCAGAGUGGAGGACCUUUCUCCUGCUCCACGUGUGAUGCUGGUCUGGUUCUGACCCACACUGGUACCUGCAGCACCACCUGCUUCCCUGGGCAUUACCUGGAUGAGAACCAAGCUUGCCAGCCAUGCAACACGCAUUGCAGAAGCUGUGAUUCGCAGGGCAGCUGCACCUCCUGCCGAGAUCCAAGCAAGGUCCUGCUCUUUGGGGAAUGCCAGUAUGAGAGCUGUGCCCCCCAGUACUACCUUGACAUCUCCACCAAGACUUGCAGAGAGUGUGAUUGGAGCUGCAAUGCCUGUAGUGGGCCUCUUCGAACAGACUGCCUGCAGUGCAUGGAUGGCUACCUUCUCCAGGACGGUGUGUGCACAGAGCAGUGCUCCCCGGAGCACUACCGGGACGUGGGCUCCUGUAAGCGCUGCGGCAGCCACUGUCUCCAGUGCCAAGGUCCCCACGAGUGCACACGUUGUGAAGAGCCAUUUCUCCUCUUCCAAGCCCAGUGUGUCCAAGAAUGUGGGAAAGGAUACUUUGCUGAUCAUGCAACACACAGAUGCACAGCCUGCCCUCGGGGAUGCUUGCGGUGCAGCCACAAAGAUCGGUGUCACUUAUGUGACCGGGGCUUCUUUCUCAAGAGUGGCCUCUGCCUGCCCACCUGUGUCCCUGGGUUCUCUGGCGACUCAUCUAAUGAAACCUGCGCUGACAAAAUGUAUACUCCAAGUCUUCAUGUGAAUGGCUCCUUGACCCUUGGAAUUGGUUCAAUGAAGCCACUGGACUUUUCUCUCCUGAACAUCCAACACCAGGAUGGCAGUGUGGAAGAUCUGCUGUUCCACGUCGUAAGCACACCCACCAAUGGCCAGCUGCUGCUCUCCAGAAACGGGAAAGAGGUCCAGCUGGAAAAGGCUGGCCGUUUUAGCUGGAAAGAUGUGAAUGAGAAGAAAGUGCGCUUUGUGCACAGCAGAGAGAAACUCAGGAAAGGCUACUUUUCCUUGAAAAUUAGCGACCAGCAGUUCUUCUCCGAGCCACAACUGAUCAACAUACAAGCGUUUUCAACACAGGCCCCAUAUGUGCUGAGAAAUGAGAUCCUGUACAUCAGCAAAGGGGAGCGGGCAGCCAUCACCACCCAGCUGCUUGACGUUCGGGAUGAUGACAACCCACUGGAUGUGGUCGUGAGUGUGCUUGAUCCUCCACUUCACGGCCGACUGCUCCAAACGUUCCCAGCGUCUGAGGCACCCACCUACCAGUUCCAUCUAGACCAACUCUCCAGGGGCCUCCUCCUCUACGCUCACGAUGGCUCAGACAGCACAUCUGAUGCCGUCGUCUUUCAGGCCAACGAUGGACACUCCUUCCGAAAUAUACUCUUUCGUGUGAAGAAUGUACCCAAGAAGGAUGAAGCUCUGCAGCUCGUGACUAACUCUAUGGUGUGGGUUCCAGAAGGGGGAAUGCUGAAGAUCACCAACCGAAUCUUGAAGGCUCAAGCUCCCGGAAUCAGAGCCAGUGACAUCAUCUACAGGAUCACACACGACCACCCCCAGUUCGGGGAGGUGGUCCUGCUGAUGCAUCUGCCUGCAGACAGUCCUGGCAGCCCUGCCGAGGAAGGGCAGCACCUGCCUGACGGGAGGAUGGCCACCCCGACCAGCACCUUCACCCAGCAAGACAUCGACGAGGGCAUAGUGUGGUACAAACACUCAGGAGCCCCGGCUCAAAGCGACUCGUUCCAUUUCCAGGUGUCUAGUGCCACUGAUGCCCAGGCCCACCUGGAAAGUCACCUGUUCAACAUUGCAAUCUUACCUCAGGCGCCUGAGGCUCCUAAACUCUCCCUGGGGACAUCUCUCCAUAUGACCGCUCGAGAAGAUGGCCCGACUGUCAUUCAGCCUCAUGCCUUAUCCUUUGUGAAGUCAGAGAGUCCCAGUGGGAAAAUUAUAUACAAUAUCACCCUACCUCUGCAUCCAAAUCAAGGUAUCAUUGAGCACAGAGACCAGCCACACUCUCCCAUCCAGUAUUUCACUCAGGAAGAUAUUAACCAGGGCCGGAUCAUGUAUCGCCCUCCCGCUGCAGCUCCCCACCUCCAGGAGAUCAUGGCCUUCUCAUUUGCUGGUCUCCCAGAUUCAGUGAGAUUUUACUUCACAGUUUCUGAUGGACAGCACACGAGUCCGGAGAUGGCUCUUACCAUUCACUUACUCCAUUCUGAUGAGCAACCACCAGCAUUUCACGUCAGAGCUCCCCUGCUGGAGGUUAGCCCUGGAGGCCGCACCUCUUUAGGCCUACAGGUGGUAGCGGGAGAUGCUCAGGUGGUGCCAGAAGAGCUCUUCUUUCAGCUUCAGAAACCUCCACGCCAUGGUGCACUCCUGAAGUACACAGCAGAGUCCUCCGGGCCCAUAGCUGCAGGUGACACUUUCACAUACGAUGAAGUUGAGAGAAAUGCUCUGCAGUACGUGCAUGAUGGGUCCUCUGCCCGGGAAGACAACAUGGAGAUCUCAGUCACAGAUGGCCUGACUGUGACAACAGCGGAAGUAAAAGUGAAGGUGUCCCCGUCAGAGAACCGAGGGCCUCGACUGGCCCCUGGGUCGUCCCUGAGCAUGAACGUUGCCAGUCAACGUACGGCCGUAAUCACCAGGUCACACCUUGCUUACGUGGACGAUUCUUCCCCUGAUGCCGAGAUCUGGAUUCAGUUAAGUUCUCUGCCCAUGUACGGUGUACUCUUAAAGACCUCGGGCCCUGAGGUGGAGGAGCUCUCAGAGGAACUCAAUUUCACCAUGGAAGACAUCAACAACAGGAACAUUAGAUACUCCGCUGUGUUUGAAACAGAUGGGCAUCCGGUUACAGAUAGCUUCCGCUUCUCUGUCUCCGACAUGGAUGACAACCAUGUGGACAACCAGGUCUUUACAGUCACAAUCACUCCUGCCAAGAGCCCACCGCACAUCAUUGCUUUUGCUGACCUUAUCACGGUUGAUGAGGGAGGGAGGGCACCGCUCUCCUUCCACCAUUUUUUUGCUACUGAUGAUUAUGACAACCUGCAGGGGGAUGCUGUCAUCAAGCUAAGUGCUCUACCCAAGUAUGGCUGCAUUGAGAACACAGGAACAGGGGAUCGCUUUGGCCCAGGAGCUACAAGUGGCUCAGAGGCAUCAUUCCCUAUUCAAGAUGUCCUGGAAAACUACAUUUAUUACUUCCAGAGUGUUCAUGACAGCAUCGAGCCAACCCACGAUGUCUUUAGUUUUUAUGUGAGUGAUGGAAGCAGUCGUUCUGAAAUUCACAACGUCAAUAUCACCAUUGAGAGGAAGAACGAUGAGCCUCCCAGGAUGACCUUGCGGCCCCUGGGAGUACGGCUGAGCUCAGGAGUGGCGCUAAGCAAUUCUUCCUUGAGCCUCCAAGAUCUGGACACCCCCGAUAACGAGCUGGUUUUUGUAUUGAUGAAAAAGCCUGACCAUGGUCAUCUCCUCCGGAGGCCUACUGCCUCUGACCCUCUGGAGAAUGGGACAGUUUUGGACCAGGGAUCCUCCUUCACCUACCAGGAUGUCCUGGCCGGGCUGGUCGGGUACUUGCCUGGUGACAUAGAUAUGGCAGUCGAUGAGUUCCGGUUCUCUCUCACCGAUGGCCUCCAUGUAGACACAGGACGGAUGGAGGUCUACAUAGAGCUACCUACAAGCGAUGCCCCCCAGUUGGCAGUAAACCAAGGGCUUCGGCUCUCAGCAGGGUCCGUAGCACGCAUCACAGAGCAGCACUUGAAAGCAACGGACGCUGACUCAGAUGAUGGCCGCCUCAUGUACAUCAUGAGGGAAGACCCUGGCACAGGACGUCUGCAGAUGGCAAAGUCUAACAACCUGGAGCAAAUCUCUGUCCGAGGCCCCGUCCGGAGCUUCACCCAGGCAGAUGUUAGCCAAGGGCAGAUAGAAUACAGCCAUGGAGCAGGGGAACCUGGUGGGAGCUUUGCUUUUAGAUUUGAUGUGCUUGAUGAAGAAGGCAAUAAGUUGGCUGACCAGUCCUUCUCCAUCCGUGUUUCAGAAGACAAAUCCCCACCAGUCAUCAUCACCAAUAAAGGGCUGGUCUUGGAUGAGAACUCAGUCAAGAAAAUCACUACUGGGCAGCUCUCGGCCACUGACCAGGAUAGCGAGCCCGCAGAACUCAUCUACAGGGUCACCACCCAGCCUCAGCUGGGCCACCUGGAACAUGUCGCCUCACCAGGCAUCCAGAUUAGUUCCUUUACUCAAGCCGACCUGACUUCACAAAGUGUUCAGUAUGUCCAUUCUCGCGACGCUGUGAAGCAAUCGGAUGCCUUCGGCUUCGUGCUGUCAGACGGCGUGCACGAGGUGACCCAGACCUUCCACAUCACUAUUCAGCCUGUGGAUGAUUCGCUGCCUCUUGUGCAGAACCGGGGUGUGCGUGUGCAAGAAGGUGUGAGGAAGACCAUCACGGAGUUUGAGCUGAGGGCAGUGGAUGUGGACACAGAGGCUGAGUCUAUCACGUUCACCGUUGUUCAGCCCCCACGUCACGGCACCAUUGAGAAAACUACCAGGGGGCAGCAUUUCCACCUCGCCUCCUCCUUCACUAUGGAAGACAUCUACCAGAACCGUGUCAGCUACAGCCACGAUGGCAGCAACUCCCUCAAAGACCGAUUUACCUUCACUGUUUCUGACGGGACCAAUCCCUUCUUUAUCAUUGAGGAAGGAGGGAAAGAGGUCAUGACGGCAGCACCUCAGCAGUUUCGAGUGGACAUCCUUCCAGUGGAUGAUGGCACCCCUAGAAUCGUCACCAACCUGGGGCUCCAGUGGCUGGAGUAUAUGGAUGGCAAGGCGACCAACGUGAUCACCAAGAAAGAACUGCUGACCAUGGACCCAGACACAGAGGACUCACAGCUCGUCUAUGAGAUCACCGUGGGCCCCAUGCACGGCUAUGUUGAGAACAAGCUGCAAGCAGGCAGAUCUGCAGCCACCUUCACCCAGGAGGAUGUGAACUUGGGGUUGAUUCGUUAUGUGUUGCAUGAGGAGAAGAUCCAGAAAGUGAUGGACAGUUUUCAGUUCCUGGUGAAAGACAGUAAACCCAACGUGGUCAAUGACAAUGUCUUCCAUAUCCAGUGGUCUCUCAUCAGCUUUCAGUACACCAGCUAUAACGUCAGUGAAAAGGCGGGGUCUGUCAGCGUCACCGUGCAGAGGACUGGGAACCUGAACCAGUAUGCCAUCGUCCUGUGUCGCACCGAACAAGGCACAGCCAGCUCCAGCUCCAGGCUCAGCUCUCAUCCUGGACAGCAGGACUACAUGGAGUACGCUGGCCAGGUGCAAUUCGAUGAGCGAGAGGACACCAAGUCCUGCACCAUCGUCAUCAAUGAUGAUGAUGUGUUUGAAAAUAUAGAAAGUUUCACUGUGGAACUCAGCAUGCCGGCCUAUGCCCUGCUAGGAGAGGUCACCCAGGCGAAGGUCAUUAUCAACGACACUGAGGAUGAGCCCACAUUGGAGUUUGAUAAGAAGACCUACCGGGUCAACGAGAGUGCUGGGUUUCUGUUUGCACCUAUUGAAAGAAAAGGAGACUCAAGCAGCACUGUUUCUGCCAUUUGCUACACAGUCCCUAAGUCAGCCAUGGGAAGCAGCCUCUAUGCGCUGGAAUCAGGUUCUGAUUUUAAAUCCAGAGGGAGGUCUGCUGAGAGUCGUGUGAUAUUCGGACCCGGUGUCACCAUGGCCACAUGUGAUGUCAUGGUCAUUGAUGACAGCGAGUAUGAAGAGGAAGAGGAAUUUGAGAUAGCCCUGGCUGAUCCCUCUGGCAAUGCUCGCAUCGGAAGGCUGGCAGCGGCCAAGGUCCUCAUUAGUGGUCCCAAUGAUGCCUCGACUGUUUCCCUGGGCAACACGGCUUUUACCAUCAGUGAGGAUGCAGGCACAGUGAAGAUUCCGGUUAUCCGCCAUGGUACUGACCUUUCCACCUUCACGUCUGUCUGGUGUGCCACACGACCCUCGGACCCAGCUUCUGCCACACCAGGAGUUGACUAUGUCCCCAGCUCAAGAAAGGUGGAAUUUGGGCCGGGUAUCACUGAACAGUACUGCACCUUGACCAUCUUGGAUGACACGCAGUACCCUGUGAUUGAAGGACUGGAGACAUUCGUGCUUUUCCUUGGCUCAGCACAAGGAGCCGAACUGACCAAACCCUUCCAGGCUGUCAUUGCAAUUAACGACACAUUCCAGGAUGUUCCCAGCAUGCAGUUUGCCAAGGAUUUGCUUCUAGUGAAGGAGAAGCAGGGUGUCCUGCACGUUCCCAUCAUCCGCAGCGGGGACCUGAGCUACGAGUCGUCAGUGAGGUGCUACACCCAGAGCCACUCAGCUCAGGCCACGGAGGACUUUGAAGAGAGAAGAAAUGCCGACUCUUCACGGAUUACGUUUCUGAAGGGGGAGAAGGCAAAGAACUGCACUGUCUACAUCCAUGAUGACUCCAUGUUUGAGCCGGAGGAGCAGUUCAGGGUCUACCUCGGCCAUCCUCUUGGAAACCACUGGAGUGGAGCCAGAGUUGGGAAGAACAGCGUGGCCACUGUCACCAUCUCCAAUGACGAAGACGCCCCCACCAUUGAGUUUGAAGAGGCCGCAUACCAAGUCCGGGAACCUGCAGGACCAGAUGCCGUUGCAGUUCUGAGCAUCAAGGUCAUCCGCAGAGGCGAUCAAAACAGGACCUCCAAGAUCCGGUGCAGCACUCGAGAUGGCUCUGCCCAGUCUGGUGUGGACUAUUACCCCAAGAGCCGAGUACUGAAAUUCAGUCCUGGCGUGGAUCAAAUCUUCUUCAAAGUCGAGAUCCUGUCCAAUGAAGACCGAGAGUGGCAUGAGUCCUUCUCUCUAGUCCUUGGCCCAGAUGAUCCAGUGGAAGCCGUGCUCGGAGAUGUGACCACUGCUACGGUGACAAUCCUAGACCAAGAGGCAGCGGGGAGUCUCAUAUUGCCAGCAUCACCCAUUGUUGUCACCCUUGCUGACUAUGAUCACGUGGAGGAGGUGACAAAGGAAGGAGUCAAGAAAGCCCCACCUCCCGGCUAUCCACUAGUCUGUGUCACUCCCUGUGACCCCCGCUUCCCAAAGUAUGCUGUCAUGAAGGACCGCUGCAGCGAGGCUGGUAUCAACCAAACAUCUGUGCAGUUCAGCUGGGAAGUGGCUGCUCCCACCGAUGGUAAUGGGGCUCGGUCUCCCUUUGAGACCAUCACUGAUAACACACCAUUCACCAGCGUCAACCACAAGGUCCUAGACAGCAUUUACUUCAGCCGGAGGUUCCACGUGCGUUGUGUGGCAAAGGCCGUGGACAAGGUGGGCCACGUAGGGACCCCUUUGAGGAGCAACGUUGUUACCAUUGGAACAGACAGCGCUAUCUGUCACACCCCAGUCGUGGCUGGGACAGCUCGAGGCUUCCAGGCGCAGUCCUUCAUUGCGACCUUGAAAUACUUGGACGUCAAACACAAAGAGCACCCGAACAGAAUCCACAUCUCGGUGCAGAUCCCUCACCAGGACGGAAUGCUACCCCUUAUCUCCACCAUGCCCUUGCACAACUUGCAUUUCCUGUUGUCCGAGUCCAUCUACAGACACCAGCACGUCUGCUCCAAUCUAGUUACCGCCCGUGACCUGCGAGGCCUCUCAGAGGCAGGGUUCCUGGAUGAUGCAGGUUUCCACAGUACUGCCCUGGGCCCUGGCUAUGACCGCCCCUUCCAGUUUGACCCAAGUGUACGGGAGCCCAAGACCAUCCAGCUAUACAGACAUCUGAACCUCAAGAGCUGCGUGUGGACAUUCGACGCAUACUAUGACAUGACAGAGCUGAUCGACGUGUGUGGGGGCUCCGUGACUGCCGACUUCCAGGUCAGGGAUUCCGCUCAGUCCUUCUUGACGGUGCACGUGCCUCUCUACGUCUCAUACAUCUAUGUGACAGCCCCCAGAGGCUGGGCCUCCUUGGAACAUCACACUGAAAUGGAAUUCUCUUUCUUCUACGACACGGUUCUCUGGAGAACAGGGAUCCAGACUGACAGUGUGCUCUCUGCAAGACUUCAGAUAAUAAGAAUCUACAUUAGAGAGGACGGCCGUCUUGUCAUUGAGUUCAAGACCCACGCCAAAUUCAGAGGACAAUUCGUGAUGGAGCACCACACCCUCCCAGAUGUGAAGUCUUUCAUACUGACCCCAGACCACCUAGGCGGGAUUCACUUCGACCUGCAGCUCCUGUGGAGUGCACAGACAUUUGAUUCUCCACAUCAGCUCUGGAGAGCCACGAGCUCCUACAACAGAAAGGACUAUUCGGGGGAAUAUACCAUCUACCUGAUCCCUUGCACCGUGCAGCCCACACAGCCAUGGGUGGACCCAGGAGAGAAGUCCUUGGCCUGCACUGCACAUGCCCCAGAAAGGUUCCUGAUACCCAUUGCGUUCCAGCAGACCAACCGCCCUGUGCCGGUUGUGUAUUCACUCAAUACUGAGUUUCAGCUCUGCAAUAACGAGAAGGUAUUCUUGAUGGAUCCCAACACGUCUGAUAUGUCUCUGGCAGAAAUGGACUACAAAGGAGCCUUUUCUAAAGGUCAGAUCCUUUACGGCCGCGUCCUCUGGAACCCAGAACAAAACCUUCACUCUGCUUACAAGCUGCAGUUGGAGAAGGUCUAUCUGUGCACCGGCAGGGAUGGCUACGUGCCUUUCUUUGAUCCUACGGGGACAAUCUACAAUGAAGGGCCACAGUACGGAUGCAUUCAGCCAAACAAACACCUGAAACACAGAUUCCUGCUGCUGGACCGCAGCCAGCCAGAGGUCACCGACAAGUACUUCCACGACGUGCCCUUCGAGGCCCACUUUGCUUCUGAGUUGCCCGAGUUCCACGUGGUCAGUAACAUGCCGGGUGUGGAUGGAUUCACCCUCAAAGUAGAUGCCCUCUAUAAGGUGGAGGCAGGACACCAAUGGUAUCUUCAGGUGAUCUACAUCAUUGGCCCUGACAGCAUCUCGAGACCUCGGGUCCAGCGCUCUCUCACAGCCUCUCUGGGGCGCCAGCGGAGGGACCUGGUGGACCCCAGUGGCUGGUUGUCUCUUGACGACUCCCUCAUCUAUGACAAUGAAGGAGACCAAGUCAAGAAUGGCACCAACAUGAAGUCCCUGAAUCUGGAGAUACAGGAGCCCGUAGUGGCCGCGUCCCUGUCGCAAACCGGAGCGUCGAUCGGCAGUGCCCUAGCCGCUGUUAUGCUCUUCCUCCUGCUGUUUCUGGUGGCCUGUUUCAUCACCAGGAAAUGCCAGAAGCAAAAGAAGAAACAGGCCCCAGAGAACACUCUGGAGGAAUACCCCCUGAAUACCAAGGUGGAUGUAGCCAAGAGGAACCCGGACAGGGUGGAGAAGAAUGUCAGCCGACAGUACUGCACGGUACACAAUGUCAAUAUACUGAGUGACAGCGAGGGCUCUUAUACAUUCAAAGGUGCUAAAGUAAAAAAAUUAAACCUGGAAGUCAGAGUCCACAACAAUUUACAAGAUGGGACGGAAGUUUAAUAAGAAGACCCGUGUGUAAUUUUUUUUCCUAAAAAAAAA